AUGGAAAAGAACAUCUGCUAUCGGCAACGAGGGAGAAAAGAAGUCGUUUACGAAGAUUGCGUACUCGAAGACUCCUUGUCCCAAGGUGACUGGCACAUCGAGGAGGACCUAAACGUGGACUACGAGAUGCUGCUCAGAGGAUUACGAGCCUGUGCUGAGCGUGCCUCGAAGCCGCGCACGACAAACUUGGAUCGAAUUUGGAAGACCACCGAAGAAUUGUUGGGAAGAAGAAGGACUUUGAGGCUUGAUCCGAAUGCAUAG